ACAAGAUGUCAUCAGUAGGUUUGAACAUUGGGAAAAACGCAUACACAGCAGUCAAAGUGGAUCCUGACGGGGACUACUGUACGCCGGGCGCAUUCGAACUGGAGCGGCUCUUCUGGAAAGGAUGCCCCAAGUACACGCACGUCAGCGAAGUCUGGCCCAACCUCUACAUAGGAGAUGAGAAAACUGCAUUAGACCGCUACAGCCUCGAGAAGGCAGGUUUCACCCACAUCCUCAACGCAGCCCACGGCCAGCGCAACGUGGACACGGGACCAGAAUAUUACCGGGACAUGACUGUGGAGUACCACGGAGUGGAGGCAGAUGAUCUCCCCACCUUCAAGCUCAGCCAGUUCUUUUACUCAGCUUCUAAGUUCAUUGAUGAUGCACUUCAGGAUGAAAGAAAUAAGGUUCUGGUUCACUGCGCUAUGGGUCGCAGCCGGUCAGCCACACUGGUCCUGGCUUACCUGAUGAUUUACAAGAACAUGACGGUGGUGGAUGCCAUUGAACAGGUAUCAAGGCACCGGUGCAUCCUGCCGAACCGGGGCUUCCUGAAGCAGCUGAGAGAACUGGACAUCGCGCUGGCACUGCAGAGGAGGAACACCAAGAACUGUCUACCAUCCAGCGAUGGCGAGAGCAAYACCACCAUCUAGAAUUGCUCCUGACAGGAGACUGCUACUGGAAAAGAAACUCCAGCAAAAGA